AUGUCAAACAAAAGAACAAAGGGAGUAACGGUAAUAAGACCAAUAGUAUAUGGUAAUAUCGCAACAUUAUUACCGCAAAAGAAGAUUCCCGACUCUGACCAUACGCACAAAUGGACAGUGUCGGUUAAAGGUUUAAAUAAUGAAGAUAUAAGUAGUUUUGUAAAGAAGGUGACCUUCAAAUUACAUGAAACUUACGCGAAUCCUCAACGAGUGGUUGAACAUCCACCGUUCGAACUCACCGAAACGGGAUGGGGAGAGUUUGAAUUAACGAUAAAAUUACAAUUCGUUCCGGAAAGUGGUGAAAAACCAGUGAUGUUGUAUCAUAACCUAAGGUUACAUCCAUAUGAAGAAGAUGGAUCUAUAUCUACGGCUAACAAGAACAAACCAGUAUUCACAGAUCCCACGGAAUAUCUUUAUCAAAUAUUUUUACAAAAUCCUUCUACAGGAUUGCAACCUCGAUCUACGCCUAAUAAUCCAUACAGUGUACAAGCUGAAAUAGAUGAGAUACGGAAGAUUGAAGAGGCUACGAAAAAAGUGCAAGAACAACUGGUUAUAUAUAAGGAUAAAUUGGAAAAAACUACCAAAGAAUUGGAUGAAGUUAAGGUAGAAUUAGAACGUGUCAAAAAGUAG